CAACAUGCAAUUAGUUAGAAUCCAAUUAUAUAAUUGAUUAAUAUCGUCCAUUUUGGACCACAAAUUGAACAGAGCAACAAGAAAGAUGUACAAGUGUGUAGCUAUAGUGUUAAUGGCCCUUGUUGGCCUUGCUGUCAGCCAAUACAGCAGCCAUGCAGCUCAUGGACGGUCCAACCCAUGCCCAGAUAACCACAACCACGAUUACUGUUUCAGCCUGAGAGACGGGACAUACUGGGACCCAUGGAACCCAUACUGCGGAUACAUUGACUGCUCCGGUGGUGUCACUUACUGGCGUUCUUGCCCAGCUGCACUCCGACAAGAACCUCUGCAGAGGCAUGUAAACUUAAAUUAAGGCCGAUAUUCAUAUGAUUCGUACAGCCCACAGAAGAAAGAAAAUUACUCAAAAUACAAAAUUAGGAUAAAAUAGUCUGUAUCAACAUUUGAGACAAUAAAAGGAUUUUAACCAAACUAUUUAUUUCGUUAAUUGAUUUUGUUACAAAUAAAAAAGGACUUAAUACUGAUCCCCGUGUAACACCUUGAAUAUUGUGGACUGAAUAUAGUUUGUCAAGACACUAAGUAGAAAUAUGAAAAAAACUAAGGCAAUGUCAUGUUAUGAAAAACCGAGGAACUAUAUCUCCCAUCCCGACUAAAUAUCAGCUUUGAAACAAUAAAUAUAAAUGAUACAAUACGGGGUUCGAUGCACGAAAACUGGAAAGUCAAAAAUUUAUAUUCAUAGCUUUUCUACUGAUAGAGUCCUUAUUGGCAAAGUGUAUAGAUAUUUGUAAAAAGUUUUUGGGAAUAACAAA